GGACUACUAUUUACUCCAUCUAGUAACAUAGGUACAUCUAAAUGCAGGUUUCCGAGUUUCUCUAAUGAAAAGAAAGAGAAAAAAAAAACAGAACCAUAAAUAGAUAACGUUUCUGGUCGAAAGUGUAUUCCACUUCAUCCUUGGUUUCAAAAAGUCCGUUGGUUUUUCAAUGUGAUUAAGCAGUGUACAGUGUUUUGUUGCGAGGACCGUGGUCGAGCUUGGGGAACCGGAUUUCGGAUGUGUUGAGGAUUCGUUGAGCAUGGAAAAUUCCAUCACCAAGCUCAAGAAUGACAAGUCCUCUUUUCCUAGUGUUCUGGAGAAGUAUUCGCGGCUGCAGAAUGAAAAAGCGCGGCCCGAAAAUGCAUACAAGGAUGUCAAACUUUCUGUCAACUUGUUGGACCGAUUUGUACAAGGAGAAUCCCUCAAUCAAGUGGUUAUCACAUUGUACCCUGGUAAUGAAGGAUACACUCUUGCCUUGAAGAUACACAAUACCUUGGAGAACGAAACUGCACGAAUCCCAUAUGAAGAAGAUGAGCUCCUCAAUUGUAUAGAAAGCCAACAACUUCCUCCUGUCCUUGUCGAGUUGCUGGAAGAAGCAGGAGCUGAUGUUUUCUAUGACGGUUGUGUAUUUGUGGAAGUGAAAGACCUUCGAGGUGGUUCCAAACAAUCUUGGAAUGUUUUACUCAAGCCUUCGCCACAGACUAUAUUGGCAGAUGCUCAACAAAUCUGUCAUGAACAAGGAUGGGGAUCAGAAGAAUUGAUCCAGUUGGAAAGCAUAUUAUGCAUGGCCAUGGCUGAACCCCUGUGCUUGAAUCCAAAUCCUUCUGUAGGGGAGUUGGCAAUGAACAGAGACAGCACAGCGAAACAAUUGCAUAGCACGGCUUUGCAUCGUACUAGAAGAAGAUGGAGUGAAGGAAGAAAGCGGAAACAAACGGAAACCAGUCAAAGUCCCAACAACGAUUUUAAGCUACACGAUUUUCUCAAAAAGAAAUCUUUGUUGGGAAGAGGAAUACCUCCAAUACUUCAGCAGCCACAAGAAGACAGAAACGGUUUGCCAUCGUCAUCAACUUCGUCCGUCCAACUUGACGUUUCUGACGUUUUGAGAUUAGCUAAACCUCUGGAACGACCCAAAGAGACGGGGGAUUGUUCCAUGAUACCGUGCGAAGAGUACCUGUACGAGACGGACCGGGUAAACGGACGAGUGUACCUAGUGCGUCUAACAAUUCUUCAACGACCGGCCAUCGAAGAAUUUCUGGGUCAGCUUUAUGUCGAUCGGGAUUUCCGCGACGGGAAAUUGACAGGCGGUGCAUCUUGCAUGUUUACUUUGGGUUCAAGGAUACAUGUCAAUCGUUAUAUUCAACAGUUUACGGAGAUCUUUACGGAAGAAGGCCGUAAGUCGGUUAAAAUCACCCAUCAAGUUCAAGGCCAUCCACCCAGAGUCAUGUACACUCAUAGCAUGCGGGAGAAGGAACGACUCAGAGAAAAGGAAGAGAAACAGCAGCAACUGAUACAACAGCAGCUUCAACAACAACCUUCAGUCGCUCAACAAUUGCCCGUUAAUAAAGAUGCAACAGAGACUCAACCCACAAAUACAACGCAGCCAAUUCCGAUCAAGACGGAGAACCAUCAAACAUCGGGUACCAUUACCAAAACGGCCUUACUAGAGAGCCUCAAGUCUGGCCAGGUCUCACCGGCCAUCGCCUCAUUAGUUACAAACCUACUUUCCUCAAAUCAGCAGCAACAGCCACAGCCAAUAAGGCCUAGUGCCACAGCGGUUGGUCUCAACGCCAACGUUGUUAUGGCUAAUGGUCAUCACCACCAGUUGCAACAGCAGCAGCAACAACAACAGCAGCAGAGUUUGCUCAGAACGCCUGCCGUUGUGAGACCUUCAACGACGAUGACAGUGGCAUCUGGGCCCGCCGGUUCGGGACAGAAUGUCCAGUUGGUCACUCAAUCCAUUAGCCUUCAACAAACCCAGCAGCCACAACUCAGGCCGAACAGUAACGUGCGUCCCACUGCUCUAGCUGCACUUUUGACAAACUCCAAAGUGACGACAUUACCUCCCAACAUAUCCCCUGGCAAGGGCAAAUUUGUAGCUAUUGAUGCCGGUGCCAAUGGGUCGGCUAGUGUGGCUGGCGGCAGCGGUGGCAAUACCAUUUUGAUGGGGCAGGUAGUCCGACCAGUUGUCAGUGGCGUUGCAGCACCUGUCUUACCCUCCUACAGCCAAGCCAUUGGUCAAACGACUGCCGGUGCUACGAUUGUCCGUACUAUCCGACCUGCUGUCCAUCCGUCAACGACUGGAGUAGUCAAACGUACUACGGAAACAGUGGCAGUGAAUGGGUCGGGGGGUACACAGAGAUUUAGUCUGACGGUACCUGCCCUUUCGGCAUUGUUAGCAGGAACGCCUUCGGCUGAUAGUCCGGGUGCUAAUAAUGUGACCACUAGCCAGAAUUUACCUUCGCUGCUUGAACGGCUGCAACAGCAGUCCUCGCCCAGUAAACCGAUUGUCCAUGCCUUAAAUAAUAAUCAUCAUCAAAUGCACACUAUCAAGCCAGGCCUCAACAUGAGCAAUAACAACCUUAAUGUGCAAAGUAUUAACCUGACGGGUGUACAAGGUGCUGUCGCCAAUCUCCCCACACUACAAAGCAUACAGGUAUCAAUUCCAGGAUUAGCCGUCCCACUCUCACUCUCGCUGGCUGUCAGUUCCAAUUCUGGUACGGCAGGUAGUACGACCGUUACGACCUCCGGCACGAUGGGCAACGUCAGACUAACAACUGCAGGCAGUCUUGGUGGUACUGGCCAACCCAUUAGCAUCCCACUUUCCGUCCUCCAGCAGGUGCUCACACGCUCAAUUCCGAAUGCUAGCGGGGCUACAGGCGUGCAGUUAAUGGGCAACGUUGCAACCAAGGAUGGGAUCCAGGCUCAGCCGCUGAAGGUUGCGGUUACGACCGGUGCUGGCGUCGCUCAGUUGUCUUCUGGUGGGCAAAGUUCUGGGUCGUUACUGGCCCAACAGCAGGUGUUGCAAAUGGCCCUGCAACGCCAAAUGCAAAUGACUGUCCAGCAGAAAAUGGCCGCCAAACAGAAGAGUAAACCGCCCCACAGCUAACCCUGCGCCCUUCUUUGGCAGCUCUCGCCUUCCGCCUCUCUCUCUCUUGUUUUUUUGUUUCUUCUUCUUGACAGUUGACCAUUUUUCCUCGAAAAAUUGAAAAACAAAAAACCGGUCAUGCCGUUACCGGAAAGAAAAAAAAAAUCGUCACUUAAAACAAAAUGCUCCUUAUUUAUAUUGAAAUGAAAACAAAAAAAAAAAAACAGAAACAAACCUUGUACAUUGUUUUUAUCGUAAAAGCUGGAAAUGGAAAGAGAAAAAAAUAGCCGACCUUUCUCUCUGUUCAUCACCUCUCAUCAUUUGUCUUCCUCUCUCUCUCUAUCUCUGCGUGUCGAUCCGAGAAUGUUUCUACUUUGCACCCAACAGUUUUGUCACGAAUUAAAAAGACUUAAAAAAAUUCAGAUAAAUGUGGAGGGAGAGGGAGACAGAGAUUACCUGUGAGAGGUGGUGGUUGAAACCCCACCAAUUACCUUGUUGAGUCGGAUGUUACAAAUUUAUAUGAACCGUACCUCAUCAUUUCCCCCCUUCAUUUCUCUCCAAAACAAUUUCGCUCAUUUCUCAGUUACAUUUUCUUUUCUCUCUUUUUCCUUGUGCUGUCCUUCCGUAUUUCCGUGUUCUGUAAUUUCGUUUGGGUUUGAUUUGACGCCAUCCCCCCCCCCCCGUGUUUACUACUCCCCCUUUUUACAUUGUUACACACAAACAAACGCAAGCGUACAUAACCGUGGUUUUUUUUUUCUUAGGGCCUUACAAAUAAAGAAAACUUGAAUGAAAAGAAUGAAACCAAACAAGAAAAAUCAUAUCCAACUUUCUAUCCAAUACACCGUCAACAAACAGCAA